UGAUUCCGUUCUAAAGUUUUGCUCAACUCAACGAGGACUGGCCUAUUUAUGCCAUUAUUUCUGCAGUGACAAAUAGUUUUAUCAUAGAAGUUACAACUUGUAACAGUUGAUGUGAUAUCUAGAAUCAUCAGCAUGGGAAAGUCUUUAGCCCUGGUUAUAAUUUUAUUGUCUACAGUUAUAUCAGGAAUGUCAGAUGGCCUUUUCUGUAUGAAGCUGGGUGAUUCAAAAGUUCUAAGAGCUGACAAUGGGCAUGGCCAGAAAAACUGUGAGAAUUGCGAUAACGAAAAGGGCAUUGAUAUAACUGUGUUAUAUACUGAUGUUUCUGGUGGUGUCCGGACGCGUACAAUAAAUUCAAGAGAUUUAUCUUCUUCCUGGGUUUGGGAGAAUCCUGAUGAUGGGAAACAUGCAACUGAAAAAGCUAAAGUGGUAAUCUUUGCCCGUUUUCAUUAG